AUGAAGAUGAGAUUAAGUAUGAGCUGGCUGAAUGCUUUAUCUUUUUCAUUUGUAAUCACUCUUUGCACCGCUCGGAAACUACGGUACACUCAUUUCUGGAUUCUUGAUAUUAUCGAACUUCUCCAGAUGUUUUGUAAUUGUGGGAUUACUUCUUGGGUAUUGCAACUUUUUUUCCUUUUCAGCUAUGGAUGUGUGCCUGAUACGGUAGUAACGAACAAAAGCACAGUAAUGAAGCAAAUGGCAACGAAGCGAUUAAACGAAGAACCAGAAAACAGUGAAAUUUCAAAAAGGCGUCGUAAAACUCUUAGUUUUACACCUUUUAAACAAGUCGAAAUUCCUACAAGUUGGAAGUUCGAUUUACGAAAGCUAUGGGAAGCGGUACGCACGUCAGUUUCUCACUGCCAGUAUGUCGAUCCAUACAAACGUGAAAGACUUGGAAAUGCGGUACCAUUUACAACUUUACAAACUUAUUUCCAUCGUUCGCGAGCUCGGAUGGCAAAAAUAAUGAAUGAUAAUGACAAUGCACUGCCUGAACAAAUUCCGAUCCCCGUACCUCUUACCCUUUCUUCAUCUGAUGUGAAUAACGCGCUCACAGAAGAAAAAUUUCCAGUAGAAUUUAAAAAAUCAAAGCGAUUGGAUGCACUGUUGGAUGUUCUUGUGAGUAGAGUAGUGGCAAGUGAUGCCUGCAUUAACGGGACUUUAUCGCCCUCAGAUUUCGCACCUCGAAAAUUGGGUUCUAAUAAAAGAAAGCCAAAGGAAGUCCAUCGAAUAACUCCGGCGACGGCAACAGAAAAUGAAAGCCUAGUGGAUUUUGAGUCACCAAACUGGCUCACUGGUCAAUCAGAAACAAUACAGAAUGAUCCUGCUGAAAGUAAUACUAUGAAAUCAAUAACUGCGAAAUAUAAUAAAGAAGAAGUAGUGGCAAUAAUCAGAUCUGCGAUAUCGAAUUCUUCUCUGGAUGAGAAAACCAAAAAAUCAGUGGAAGGAAUAAUUGAUGGAAUACUUAACAAAUCGCUGAAUAUUGAUGACAUGUAUGCUUUUUUAACUUUGGGUCCUGCUUUUGCAAACUCCAGUGUUUAUCGAGUUGAACAAAAUUUGGACAUUCCGGAUAGAAUGCUUCAUAAAAAUAAAGUUGAUUUCGACGAGGCUGCUGAAAACCACAAUCACGUAUCACAUUUGUCGGGAAACUAUGAACGUUUAGGUAAAAUGGAAAAGUGCGCAAAUGAAGUUCAUCGUUUUUCGCAUUACCCAGCUUUGCAGGAAGAAGCGUUGCACAAAGCUAUUGCAAUGGUAAUUCGUGGCGAAUAUAGUGUUAGUGGAGCAGCAAGUAUUAUGGAAUUGCCUACAUCAACCGUGCAUCCUUAUGUACAUCGUGUCCGAGCUGCAUUAGAGAUUUUUUUGCCGCAACAAGCCGAAACAUUAGAUAGAGAAACAGCAGCUGAUGAAUGUAUCCAGCGCAAUGGUUCUGUUUCGGAGGAGGUUGAGAUAGUGAUCUCAAGUCUUAUGAAAAUUCCAUCGUAUGACCCGGAAGCACAAAAAAGAUUUCACGAUGCACUUUCUGAAGUUUUGACGAAAGAUGUUCCAGUCGAAGAAGUUUCCAGCAAAUAUGGGAUAGCAGUUGCUGCAUUUCAACCGUACAUUACGAAAGCCCGCGUGUUGCUUGGACAAUCACCCUAUCCAACAUCAUCUAAUAUCGAGGACAUAUCAACGGAGCUAGGUGCAAAGUUAUCAAAUAGUAGUGAGGAAUACGUAGAUGAAGAAAAUAAUUUCAACAAGAUGCUCACAAACACCGAAUUUUUAUUAAGGAAUAUUUCUACUGGUGAUACAGUCUUUACAAUUGCUGCUACUGUUCAUCCAAAUAUAGCAGAAGAUUUUUCAAAGCAUGAAAAUCGGUAUAAUGCCGAAAACAUGUUGACGAAAACAGGUGAAUCAAUCAAUGACAACUCUCACACUGAAUACUUGCUGAGUGGCGCAAUCAGUGAUCUUAAUAAGAAUAGUAACGAAUUUGAUGAUGCUAUCCACAUUCAAUCAGAUGAAGCCGAAAUUCGAGCUAAAUGCGGAAAGCGAAUUGAAAAUAUGAAUUCUACAAGUUCUGAAAAAAUAGAACUAUCAACAAAGAACACUGUAGCAUUGCAUAGUAAAACUAGAAGUGAUGGUAGUGAUGACGAAUUUGAUGGCUUUCCACGUUCAAUUCGAGGUGUAACAAAACUUCUUUCCGAUACGAAGCUGGACAAAUUAAGUACGAAGAACUAUGCCGGAACGCCGGAAAAUCUGGCUAUUAAAAUAGACAAGGUCUUGCGUCAGUAUCGUUUUCGCGGUGACCGUAAAAAAAUGCGCAAUGGAAUUCUCGAAGUUCUGUACAAAUCGAAAACUCUUAGUGAGGCUUGUAAAGGGAAUAGUUUGGCUCCAACAACGUUAAGUACAUAUGUUCGUUUGGUAAAAGUGCUCAUCAAUACAGAGAAAACUCGAAACCUUCCCAUGGAUUCACCUAGUUUAGCAGAAGAAGACACGAAGACUGGUGCUGAACCGCUCGUUCAAAAUGUUGAUGUGAUGUUGUUACAUACGAAACCGAUAAUGAAUAAUUUGGAAAGCUUUUACAAAUUGCUGAUUGCUUACCUUAUCGAACAGCAGUACCGACGAUCUGAGGAAGCACAAGAAAAGAUGCGUACAAGUUUGGAAUAUGUAUUACUCGACGGCUUAUCGGUUGCUGAAGCUUUGAGAGUUCAUAAAAGUCCAACAGAGCAUGUUUUGCAGGUUUAUUUAAGUCGAUGUCGUGAAGUUAAUAGGUGCAUAAAGACGGAGUUUUCAAAUUUUAAAUCAAAUAUCAUACGCGCAAUAAGAAGGAAUUUCAUGAACGAUAAGCAAGAUGUGGGAGCAGUCCAAAUGCACAACAAUACAACUCGGUUUGCAAAAAACAACAUAAAGCGUUUCAACAAACGGCUUCAGAAUAAGGAACACAAUCAGUUGAUGACUACAGAACCGACUGUGGGUAGUUUGAAACAUCUUAACUUGAUUUUUUCUGAAGAUUUUCGCAGACCACUGUAUGAUUAUUUAAAAAAGCUCAGUGGUGUGAACUUUCCUAUUGAAGAUUCCCUCAUCAUUGGGUUGGCAAAAAUGGUUGUUAAUGGAUUUCCUAUAAGCAAGCAAAUCUUUUUUGCGGAUACAAUCUGGGAUGAGUGGUUAUCAAAUUAUCGUAAGGAAUAUCCAGAAUUUGGGUAG